AUGGGUCGCCUUGACUUGAUACUUCUCGGACAAAAUGGCCAGAAGCUGCUCGAGUUGACGGCUGGAGCGACUAGCGUCCGGGAUCUCUGGGUGCAAACACUGGAAGAGCUUUGUCUUCCUGGCCAAGCAGAGCAGAGUGAGGCUGACGCCAAGAGCUUGAAUGAGAAGCUUGAAAAGCAGAAAGAGAAGCAAAAGGAGCAAUACUGGAAAGACCGAACGGAGGAGCUCGAGCAGCGACGUCUCGACGCUGAAGAACGCAAGAGGAAGAUCGGCGUCGUUGGCAUGAAAUACACGGCGCAAGCGAUGGCGAGAAGAUAG